AUGCAGCAAAAUCAUAUAACAAACCCCAAUGAGCCCUUCCCGAAGCCGCAGGCUCUGGCAUCGGCCACGACGACACAUUCUCAAGGCCGAUUUCGCAUCUCGACGCGCAAGCUACCCAUCUCCAAGGCCGGCACCAUCGAUGCACUCACCGAACAGAUUGGCAUCCCGAUGCCCGAGAUGAUCUUUGGUGAAAACCUCGUCGGAAUUGAGCACAUACCUUCGGGCUGGUCCCUGAACUUCAACACCCCGGACGCACUCGACGCCGUCGACAAGACAGAUCGUCAUAUGCUCAAGGUUGCAUAUGCUCGAGAUUGGGAGAGCACCCGAGAAGGCACUACGCAAGGCAUCAAAGAGGUCGUGAAGCCUUACGACUGGAGCUAUUCAACAACCUAUACCGGAAGUGUCGACCCCUCGGCCAAGCAAUUCGCACCUACAGAGAAUAUGAUUCCAAUCGAACUGUUGAAGCGCCGCGAUCCCAUCCUUUUCUUCGACGAGGUUAUGCUAUUCGAGAGCGAGUUGGACGACAACGGCAUAAGCAUUUUCAGUGCCAAGGUUCGUGUUCACGAGAAGCGCAUGCUUUUGCUGUGCCGGCUAUUUAUGCGACUCGACAAUGUCAUCCUGCGGAUACGCGACACUCGGGUCUAUGUUGACUUUGAGACCGACGAAGUCAUUCGUGAAUAUUCGGCACAGGAGGAGACUUACGAGAACGUCAAGAGGAAAUUGCAGAUGUCUGGCAGACUGCCCGACGAGAUCACAAUUGCACUGCGGGAUCCUAAUAUCCUAGCCCCAUUACUGCCCCUUGUUGAGCAUCGAGCGGAGGCUGUAAAGCUGAGUGCAUGA